GAGAAACACGAUGGCUGAAUUCAGAUGGAUUGUAAUGUCUUCAUUUCUGAUGCUGCAGGUGUUUAGCUCUAGAGCAGCAACAGGACAACUUGUCCUCUCCUUCACUGUCAGAGAUGGAGAUGAAGUCACUUUGCCUUGUACCAAUGUGUUAGAGGAUCAUAAGAACUGUGACACUACUACGUGGAACUUUGGUCAUUCAAGAAGCAGAGCAGUAGCACUGGUUAAAGACGGGAAGAUUGGUGAAACAGCCAAAGCUAAAUCAGACAGACUGAGUGUUUUAGAGAACUGUUCUCUGGUUAUAAAGAACGUCACAGAUGAAGAUGUUGGUCGUUAUAUCUGCAGACAGUACAGAUCAGGACAACAUAUACGUUCAGAUGCUGUGGUUCACCUGUCUGUUGUUACCAUGACUGAACACAAGGACACUGAUGAGGUGACGUUAAUCUGCUCUGUGUCGACAUAUGGAGGAUGUAGACACACAGUGAAGUGGCUGCUUCAGGGUCAAGAUGUGGAUAAAGACAACAAAGACUUGAAGACAUCAACGUCUUCCUGCAGAGCUUCUCUGAUGUUUCUGACUUCUCAUGACGUUUACACAUCGAGGUAUAAGACAGUGAAGUGUGAAGUGACUGAAGGUGACAAAGUGAAGCAGUUUCCUUUCAACAUUUGGCCCUCAGGUGAAAAAAAAGGUGAUUGCGACAACGACCACUACAACAUCACCAACAACAACUCUUUCAACAUCGACAACAAGAAAUAA